CUGUGGCCUGCCUCAUCUGGUAUUUCCCACCGGCCAAUGGUCUCAUUUGCUUGAUUUCCUGAUCCUUCCCAAAGACAAUGCAAGCUGCACAGGCCUCUGGGAAGGAGAAGCAAGCAAGCUGUGCUGUCUAAAAUGGUGUCUGCUGGUCCAUGCAACUACAAUCUGCAAGAGCAUCCAUGGUAUAAGCUGGUGUCCUGAUCAGAAUCAUCUAAAUCACGGCAUUUGCUUCUCUCCCACCUAGAUUUUAAGAACUAUGGGUUUUCUCAACUCUUCUGAAGAUGUCAUUGAUUGUUCCGAAUUUGGAAAUGGAUCCUGUCCUGAGAACCUUAAGCCAGCAAGUGUCCGAGGAGCCAUGUAUAUAUCAAUAAGUGGAAUGAUCAUUGUCACAGUCUUUGGGAAUUUGGCAAUCAUACUUUCAAUCUCCUACUUCAGACAGCUGCACUCCCCAGCUAAUUUCCUCAUCCUUUCCAUGGCAGUAACUGAUUUUAUGCUUGACUUUUUCAUUAUGCCCUAUAGCAUGGUUAGAUCUGUGGAGAACUGCUGGUAUUUUGGGAUGACCUUCUGCAAAAUCCACUACAGCUUUGACCUGAUGCUCUGCUUGGUUUCUGUUUUCCACCUUUGCUGCAUUGCUGUUGAUCGUUUCUAUGCCAUUUGCUAUCCUCUUCAUUACUCUGGCAAAAUUACUAUCCCUGUGAUUAGGCAAUUGAUUGUCAUUUGUUGGUCAGUACCAGCUUCUUUUGCUUUUGGUGUGGUUUUCUCUGAAGUGUAUGCUUCUGGCAUCAAAGGUUAUGAGAUCUCAGUUGUGUGCUCUAGUUCUUGUCCAAUCAUUUUUAACAAACUAUGGGGAACUGUUCUGUUUUUGUUUGGUUUCUUCAUUCCUGGCUCUGUGAUGAUUGGGAUUUAUACAAAAAUAUUUGACGUAUCCAAAAAACAUUUAAGGAUCAUGAGAAACAAGCCUGAAGGUUCAGGUGAUGAAAAACAUAACCACAUGUCCAGACGUAAAGACAGGAAAGCUGCCAAAACCCUGUGUAUUGUGAUGGGAGUUUUCCUGUUUUGUUGGUGCCCCUGCUUUGUCACAAUUUUAAUUGACCCUUUUCUUGAUUUUUCAACACCUGCUGUCUUGUUUGAUGCUUUAAAUUGGUUUGGCUAUUUCAAUUCCACCUGCAACCCAUUAAUAUAUGGGUUUUUUUACCCAUGGUUUCAGAAAGCACUCAGAUACAUUCUCUCAGGAAAGAUAUUUCAAUCACAUUUCUAUACAGCUAAUCUGUUCCCUGAAAAUCAAUAA